AUGGUGGAUACGGAUUAUAAGAAGACGCGUAAAUUUGAAGGAGGGUUACGGAGUGCCAUCCUAGACAAAGUCAACAUGUUAAAGUUACCUACCUAUGUCGAUGUGUUGGAGAGGACUGUUAUAGCAGAGGGAAACUUUACUGCUCAGAGUCAGAUUUCUGAAUGGAAAGGAAAGAGGCAGAAUAAUCAAUUAUCGAGGGGGUCAACUGCUCCCGCUAGCAAGAAACAAAACUCAGGGACUACAAGUGUUUCCAUCCUUACACCAGACUCAAUCCCUGUUUGUUCAGAAUAUGGAAAAAGGCAUCAGGGAACAUGCUAUCAGAAAUCUGGAGCCUGCUUUAGGUGUGGCAAAACGGGUCAUUUGAUAAGGGAUUGCCCUCAAGGGAAUCAACAAAAUAGUAAUAGGGCUGCCACAAGUUCAGCGGGAGAUGUGCGAAAUGCCGCAACAGUGGUGUCAGGUACAUUUAUUGUUCACGAUUAUUCUGCUCAUGUAUUGUUUGAUUCUGGCUCUACCCAUUCCUUUGUGUCAAAACUGUUUGCUCCCAAAUUAGAUAAAUCUGAAGAAGUAUUAUCUUAUAUGUUAGGUGGGUCCUCACCCUUGGGGGAUUCUAUGAUCUGUGCUUCUGUAUAUUUUGCUUGUGAACUCCAACUUGGGGACAUCAGGGUAUAUGCGAAUCUGUUACCUUUUAACAUGACCUAUUUUGAUAUUAUUUUGGGAAUGGACUGGUUGAGUGAAUAUGGUGCCACUAUAGAUUGUUUAACUAAACAAAUCAAUUUUCACCCUCCGGGACAAUCAGAGUCUACCUUUCAGGGACAGGGGGUGGCUUUUCCACCUUAUUUGGUUUCUGCGGCAAAGGCUUGUAAACUAAUUCAGAAAGGGUGCCAAGGGUAUUUAUGCAGUAUUUUGGAAGGGCAGUUAAUGGGCGGAAGUACCGACAUGAUUCCAGUUGUCUGUGAGUUUCUGAAUGUUUUUCCGGAAGAACUACCGGGGGAGUUAGUGGACCGUGAAAUUGAAUUUACCAUUGAAGUGAUACCGGGAACCCAACCUAUUUCUAAGACCCAUAUAGAAUGUCACUAG